AUGGCUUCCCGUCCUAAUCAAGAUGGCAUUAAUGAGUCGAGCGCUGCAUCAACUGUAUCGGAAACGCCUAGCCUUAGGGCUGAACGCCAAACGGAAAAAGAGCUUGCGUUAGAGGCCCAGGCCCGCAACCUGCAGCUGGAUCAUCAAUCAGAUACAUCCGAAGCAGAAGGUCAGGGAACGGCCACUACUGGAUCAUCAUCAGAGCCUUUGGGUUCUAGCAUACACGAGCCACGUUCGCUACAGGUCGGUCAACCGUUUUACAUUGAUUGGAGAAUUGCCAGUCCUCUUCCUUUCUCUGAAAUUCAGGGCCUGCGCAACCCUUGGCGUGACAACCGCCUUAUUAAAGUUUCACGUGAUGGAACAGAGAUUGAGCCUAAUGUUGGCAAGAUGCUUCUCAAGGCAUGGGAAAUGUAUCUCUCGAAAGAAGACAAAUGA